GAAACCGACCGCGGCCGGCGUCUUCCUCGCAGUUUCCUCCCGCGCCCGCGGUCCACCACGCCACGUCGUCGCCUUCCUCCCUCCGCACCACGACCACUUCCUCCAGCCGCGUUUCACUGCCGCUAUAUAAAACCGAACCAAGAUCAUCACCAAGAAGUUUCCCUGUUACUACCACACUGUCCACGGCCGAGGGGCGCACCGCCUGAUUGGUUAAUCACCCAGCUCUGGACCACCGACCUAGAGGAGCAGCAGCCAGGAGGAGGGAGGAGCAGCCACUGAGCCACCAGCGCCGAGGGUGCCACCGGUCCCACCGCGGCCGACCGCCGGGAAGGAGGAGGAGGAGGAGCUUGGGAGUUGGGACGGAAGGAUGCUUCCGGGCGUGGAGCUCGCGCGGCGGCGGCGCGUGUGCUACCGCGGCGACGCCGCGUCGUCGUCGUCCGCGUGGGAGCACCACUACCACCUCCUCCACGCGAGCGCCCACCGCGCGGGGGCCGCAGCCGUGGCGGGGCCCGCGCUGGCGGCGCGCGCCCGGCUCGAGGAGAAGCUGCGCGGCGCCGCGCUGCCGCUACCGCUGCCGCCGCCGGCGGCGUCGCCGUCCAGGUGGAGCCGGAGCCGGCGGCUGAUGGGAGAGCGGGAAGGGGGGCGAGGGGCCUCCGGCGCCGGGCGUCGGAGCCACCAGGAGCAUCAGCAGCAGCAGGCCGAGCUCCGGGCGCCGCCGCUGCCGCCGCCGGCCCCGGGAGCCUCGGCGGCGCCGUCGGGCGGCGCGCGGCGGCGCGCGGAGCUGACGAGGACGCUGUCGAUGGUGGACGUGUGCGCGGUGUGCCUGGAGGAGGUCCGGGAGCGGGCGACGCGGCUGCCCUGCUCGCACAAGUACCACUCCGAGUGCGUGCUCCCAUGGCUCGCCAUCCACCCGGAUUGCCCCUGCUGCCGGGCGCUCGUGCCCGCCGCCCUCGCCGCCUAGCGCGCGUGGCACCCGCCGCCGCGGCUGCUGACGUGGAGACCUGUCCUGCUCUGCUCCUCCGGUGACGUGGCAGUCCGGCACCACUGCAGGCGGCGAUAGCUGUAUACUAGCUCUUUCAGGUUUUUUUUUUUGGUUGGCUUGUUUUAUGUUUAGACUGCAACCAAAAGUUUGCAAAUAGUGAAAAGUGUAGAUGCAGGGUAGUUCCAUUCCGUGCCAGUUACAGGAGCUGUGAUGUGCGUUCGAAUUUCUCGAAAUUUGAAGUUUGACACGUCAGCUAGGAGAAACACACGAGGAAUUGUCAAAGAAAUUAGUGGCUACAUUUGACA